ACGUCAACGUCACCGCCAUAUUGGAUGUGGCAAGUCCAAACAAGAUUACUGAGCUUUUAUUGUAUACUUUUUAUUGUAUUAGGCCAUUAUAACAUCAUUUUGCGAACAGAAUUUGAUGAUUUUGUGGCAUAAUACUGUGGAUUUCCACGAUGAAGCCAGCCUCCUUUGUGGAAAGACGUUUUAUUACGUUUGGUCCAUUUUCUUACAUGUGUUUUAAGGUGUAGAUCUGCCACAUCCAAAAAUAUCGCUGGAACAGGCCAACCAUCUCAAUGAGGUGUUUGUUUGGUGCAUGUAUGGGACACUCGUGUGGGUUUUUUUUUUUUUUAGCUCCAAGUUCUUAUAAUUUCUCAGACACCAGCGAUCUGUUCUUCAGAUUCAUAGUCAAGUUCUUCCCUCCAGACCCUGGACAACUAAAACGAGGCCUCACUCGCUAUCUUUUUGCCUUGCAGGUCAAGCAGGACUUGUCCACCGGCAGUCUAACGUGUAACGAUAACAGCGCCGCCCUGCUGGUCUCUCACAUACUGCAGUCGGAGCUUGGGGACUACAAUGAAGAGGUGGAUCGUCAGCAACUGGAGAUGAAGCGCUACAUUCCCAACCAGGAGUACCUGGACCACAAGAUCACCAAACUCCAUAAGAAACACAGAGGUGUGUCACCGGCAGAGUCGGACAUGCACCUGCUGGAGGUGGCCAGGAGGUUGGACAUGUAUGGUAUCAGGCCACAUGCUGCCAGCGACGGCGAGGGCAUGCGCAUCAAUCUGGCGGUGACGCACUGCGGCGUGCUAGUCUUUCAGGGGAACACAAAGAUCAACACCUUCAGCUGGGCCAAGAUUCGCAAACUGAGCUUCAAGCGCAAGCACUUCCUCAUCAAGCUGCACGAUAAAGUUGGGCCGUCCCUCAAGGACACACUGGAGUUCUGCAUGGCGAGCAGGGAUGUGUGCAAGGCCUUCUGGAAGAUGUGCGUGGAGUACCAUGCCUUCUUCAGACUGGCCGAAGAGCCGCAGGCGGUGCACAAGAAGACGUUGCUGUCGUGCAAAGGCUCUGGCUUCCGAUACAGUGGGCGGACACAGAAGCAACUGCUGGAGUGUUUGGGAUCCGGCGAGAAGAAGCCUUCGCACUUUGACAGGACUUCCUGUCCAUCAGACUAUGAAUCCAGACAGUGCAGAUCCUCUCCCGACAUCCUCACAGAUGUCUCCUUACAACUGUACGACGACGAGCUGUUCCCGCGCUCCACAUGUGCCUUGGCGCUUCAUGGUCAGGAUGGCAAGUUCAGAAAAGGCGCGGCCAAGCGCAGCCAAUCGUCUGUGGAGGUCACCCCGAGGUGUCGCGGUCUUGCCCGGGUCACACCCCUCUCGCCUCAGAUCCGUUCGGCGUCUUCGUCUGAGAAGGAGGACCCCCGGGAGGCGUGGCUGGGGGCGCAGCGCCAAGCUCAAAGGCUCGCUGGUAUCUACGGCAACCGCUCACGGCGCCGGCCUAACCCGCAGCCGCACCCAGCACAGCAGCUGGUUCUCCUGUACCCCAACAGCCCUGCCUACCAGUACCACCCCGUGCUCCCCACGUUCCCGUACUUGUCUGACUGCGUCUCUGCCUCCUCUCUGGAGCAUUUGCCGCAGCCGAGAAGGCGGGACGGACUUUGGCGGCCUUUCCAGCCUCUAGGCCAAGACCCCGCCUCCUAUUCGCCUCUUAGGAGGAACCUGCAGGCCUCAAGCUCAGGCGGGCCGGGAUUGGGCGGGGCCUACCAACCAGGAAGGAACGGGGCGAGGUUACUGGGUGUGGGCCACACAGAGGCGGGUCAUUACAGCGAUGAUUGCAGCUUUCUCCCUGGCCUUCCUCGCCGUGUGUCAAGCCAACCGGACGUCAAAUUUCACCUCUCAAGGACGUCAAACCCAGCCUCCGAAUUCCGCCCCCUGGGCUACUACCCCCACUUGACACGCCCCUCCAGGCCCACCUACCUGCCCCUUAACUCCCCCCCUCUGCCUCAACGCCCCGCCUCUCUGUGCAUGAUGGCUACUGCCGCCACAGGAAGCUACAGUGACUCCGACCAGGAGGUUUUCUACCCAUACUACUGUCCACCAGCGCAACCGCCACCGCUCGGCAGGUUGGUGCGGCCUGGCGGACUGGCCCGCAUGAGGUUCUCCUCUGGGAGCCUUCAGCUGGAUGAGGAGGAAGAGGAUAAGGAAAGCGACAAGGACAAAAAUGAGGAGACAAAAGGUGCUGCAAAAGUGACCAAAGUGACUUUGUAGUAUAAACAAUGAUUAGAUUUGUCUUUAAAUUAUGUCAAAGUGCGUAAAAUAAACAUGAAAAGUGAUUAUAUUAAAAUGAAGACGUAGCAGCGGAUGACAUGGUCAAUCAAUCUUAAAUAUUUAUUAUUAAAACUCUACGUCCCGCUACAAAAAGGAAAAUAUCUCUCUAAAAGCUCAUUUAACGUUCCCACUGAGUAAGCAUUGUCACAUCCCUUAAUUUUAUAGUAAAAAAUAUAUAUACACAAGGACCAGCUAUAGUGUCUUUGGUUCGAAGUGUCAGUAACACUUUUGGAAGCUAGAUAGCUGCACAGGCAAACAGCAGUAGCAAACAAUAAGAUUCUUGCCAACUGUUGUAACACUAACUCACUGUUAACAUCAUUUUGAAUGAGGGCGCCCUGUUCAAAAGUGUUUCUGAGGCAAGAAGACAAAUAUAAUAAUAAUAAUAAUAAUAAUACAGUAACAAUCAUGGCAUAUGGUCUUUGUCAAGUGCUACUGAACAAAUAUUUAACAUAAAACUGCGCUGCUGCACAACACUAAAGGCACACGGUGAAGAUAUUUGACAAAAGUUAGUAAAGAGUCACCAACUCGCAACUCCUCACUUCUUCAUGCAGCAGCAGUGAAGUAAAUUAUGCUUGUGUGUGUGUGUGUGUGGAGACAUUGCACAGCAAGUCUCCAUACUGAGACACAGUCUCUCUUCAUUCGGUACACUUCCGGAGUCCUCAGUUGGCGUUGAACCUGCGGGCCGCAAAGCACAUGCUCGCUCAGCAAACUUAGACAAAAGACAAACAGAGAAAGUUGUCUCACCUGGCAAUGAUGCGCGUCACCAUCCUGUCUGUGAUGCCUGGGCACACGUCCUCAGCCAUUCGGAUGUUGCGCUCCAGCCCCUCAAUGGCCAGUCGCUGCUGAGAGUGCUCCAUAUGCUGCUGCUUCAACUGCAUGGCAACACACGAUGCUUGCAUGUCACAGACGUAAGUGUACCCGCGUGUGUGUGAGACACUGACCUCAGUGAAGACAGGUGAGAUAAUGCUGGACAGGCUGGAGGACGCACUUAGCGGAUCCUGAAAGGACAGAACAAAAAACUUGGCUGUGUCUCAAACAGAAUACAGUGGUACUGGCCCCGGUUUUUGACACUGUCUCGGUUAUUGUAUGGCCAAAGAGUGUGCCGAACAAACCAGACAGCAGAAUCGAGCGCUCAAACAAAGCAUCCAUGCGUUGUUGACUCAGUCUGAAGAAUGGAUAGUGGUUCUUUAGUGGGGCACUCGGCAAAUUCCAGCCAGGGAAUCCUUUAAUCAUCUUUAUUAUGUGUGUGUGGGUGGUUUGUUUAGAAUACACAAAUAGAAUACA